AUGGGUACUUACCAACAGGUGGGAGUGGCGUUAUCCACCGUGUCCUGGUUGGCCUGCGAGGGGGACUCUGCUCCCCUCGCGCCACCCGCCACAGAGGAAGCCGUGGUGCCGCUGUUCCACACACUAAGCCCACAUCAUCACUUCACUCUUAUUAUCUCCACCAAACUGACACCAAUUGCAUUGCUACCUGAAAACACCACGGCACUUCACUACAACCGCACUUGA